UAAUGGCGAAUUUUGGUGGAUAUUCAAUUCCAUCAUUCAGUGCAACAGUGAAUGUUAUGUGGGAAACAUUAAAAGCAAAAUGGCCAGAAAAUAGUCCAUGCAUUGAAUUAAUACGUGGAGCUGGUGGUGGAAUUAAUAACAAUGAACAACAAAGACCAGUACCAGGACAAUUUCGUUCAUUUGGUGAAGGUGGUGAUAACACAGAAAUGCGAGAAAUGAAUGGAGAAAAGGCGUUUGGGGGUCAGACGAGCAGUGGAAUAGCUGAAGACUCAUUUAGCUAUCAAAGAAAUGGGGAUAAAGUAACAAGAGGUGCAAGUAUGAGCAGUGGUGGAUUUAGUGAAUAUGAUGAGGGUGGUGAAUUUGGAUCUGGUGUUAAAAUAAAUGAAUGGCAAGCAGCUUGGAAUGUCACCAAUGCAAUUCAAGGAAUGUUUAUUGUUUCACUGCCAUUUGCUGUACUUCGUGGUGGUUAUUGGGCAAUUGCAGCAAUGAUUGGUAUUGCUCAUAUUUGCUGUUAUACAGGAAAAAUUCUUGUUGAAUGUCUUUAUGAAUUAGAUAUUGCAACUGGUCAACGUAUACGUGUACGUGAUUCAUAUGUAUCAAUUGCUAAAGAAUGUUUUGGUCCAAGAUGGGGUGCUAGAGCUGUUAAUAUUGCCCAAAUAAUUGAAUUAUUAAUGACAUGUAUAUUGUAUGUUGUUGUAUGUGGUGAUUUAAUGAUUGGUUGUUUUCCAGAUGGUAUUAUUGAUACAAGAAGUUGGAUGAUGUUAAUUGGUAUAUUUUUAAUUCCACUUGGUUUUUUAAAAACAUUACAAUCAGUAUCAUUAUUAAGUUUUUGGUGUACAAUGGCACAUUUAUUUAUAAAUGCAAUAAUACUUGGUUAUUGUUUGCUAGAAAUAAGUGAUUGGGGAUGGUCAAGAGUUAAAUGGACAGUUGAUAUGAAAACAUUUCCAAUAUCACUUGGUGUUAUUGUAUUUAGUUAUACAUCACAUAUAUUUCUUCCAACAUUAGAAGGUAAUUUAAUUGAUCGUUCAAAAUUUGAUUGGAUGCUUAAUUGGAGUCAUAUUGUUGCUGCUGCAUUUAAAGCACUAUUUGGUUGGAUAUGUUUUAUGACAUUUCAAAGUGAUACACAACAAGUUAUUACAAAUAAUUUACAUUCAAAUAGUUUUAAAGGUCUUGUUAAUUUUUGUCUUGUUAUUAAAGCUGUAUUAUCAUAUCCAUUACCAUAUUAUGCUGCUUGUGAAUUAUUAGAAAGAGCAUUUUUACGUGGUAAACCAAAAACAAUAUUUCCAACAAUUUGGACUGUUGAUCAUGAAUUAAAAGUUUGGGGUCUUGCAUGGAGAAUUGGUGUUAUAUUAUUUACAAUAUUAAUGGCAAUAUUUAUACCACAUUUUAGUAUACUUAUGGGUUUUAUUGGUUCAUUUACUGGUACAAUGUUGUCAUUUAUUUGGCCAUGUUAUUUUCAUCUUAAACUCAAAAGAAAUUCAAUGGAAAGAAGUGAAAUAAUGUAUGAUUGUUUUGUUAUAUUUCUUGGUGUAUUAUUUGGUGUUAUUGGUGUUUAUGAUUCUGGCACUGCACUUAUUGAAGCAUUUGAAAUUGGUUUACCAUUUUAAUUAUCUACAUAUUUUUUUCUUUUCAUUUUUAUUUAUUUAUACGCGUAAUAACGUCAUAUCAGUGUCUUCCAAUUUACGAAAUAUCAUGAUAUACAUAUAAGUCUAGCAUUAGAAAUAAUACUGCGUUAUUCAUUUUUUGAAUUAUUUUACUCGUAAAAAACAAGUCAACUCAGUGAUAAACAAAAAAAAUAAAUCAUUUAAACGAUUAAGAAAUUUUGGGAUUAUCUAUGAAAACAAAAAAUAAUAUUAUUUUGUUCUCAAAAUAUCUUGACAAUAAUAGUAUUAAUAAUCAUCGAUAAAUCAAUGUCUUCCAAUUAAUGAUUUACAAAUGAUAUAAAAUAAAUAUAUAUAUUAAUUAUUAAUAAAUAAAAAAAACCUUAUAUUAUAUGGCAAUGUCAAUGAAAAAGAAAAAAAAAAUAUGUACAAGAAUAUAUAUUAACUAUACACUGUUGGCUAGAUUUUUGGAUUUUAUAAGUGUAUGUUCUCUGUCAGAUAAAAAAACUAUUUACCAGAUUAUUUGUAUUGAAUGUAAUUGAUUUUACUUCAAUAGUUAUAUACAUAUAUAUAUGAUGCAAUAUGUUUAAUUAAAAAAACAAAAAGAGUAUUGAAAAAAAUAAUUAAAAAAUGAAAAUAAUCGAAUGUCUUCCAAGGUGUCACUUGAUGUGACACUGUCUAUAGAAUCAAUUUAGCAAUAAGACGUUUUAAAAUUAAUAAAUUAAUAUGUAGUUAUUAAAAAUUUAUAUUAGAAAUUUAUCUCAAUUUGUUUUUUUCAUUUGUAAUAAUGAAGAGAAAUGUCUAGAUAAAAAGAUGUUCAUUUUUUGUUGAAAUUUAAUUUACAAAAUUACUAAAAUGAAAAAUAAUUAUAAUUUUAAUUAACGAAUUAUUCAAAAAACAAAGAAAUAUGUAUUAAAAAAAAUUAAUUUAAUAUUGAGUACUGAAAAAAAGAGCAAAUGAUAUUUGCAAAAUAAAAAAAAAAAUAUUGUCUUCCAAACACAAUUUUGAGUCUCAAAAUUCAAACUGUUGAUUAACAGAAAAAUUAAUAAAGUAUAAAACUUUAAAAAAUAUAUGAGACGGUGAUAAUUUUUUUUUUUCAAUAAUUUAAAAAAAAAAAAAAGAUUAUAUAUGAUUUUAAAAAAAUAAAAUUCAAAAAUUUAUAACUGAUGUAUUUUAGAGUUGAAAAAAUAAAAAAAAUUACCUCGUCAAUGUUAAAAAUGAAUCAACUUAAAAAUUUUAAAAAAAAUAUAGAAUUGUAAAACAAAUGUAAACAGGCUUCCAUAUAAAAUGAAAAAAAAAAACAAAAAAACAAUUAUAAAAAAUACAAUGGAAAUUGAAUAUAUUUAUUCUUGA